GAAAAUCAGAGAUCCCCUGUGACUUCAGCCAAUGCCAUGUCAGCCGAUGUCACUGUUCUUGGUGCGGGCGUGAAAGGUGACGAGGAGGCGCCGGAGCUUGAGGGUGGAAGUUUGCUCGAGGAUGGUGGGGUGAAGCGGGUGAAGCGGGUGAAGCAGGAAGCGCAUUUUCAUCCCAGCUUUUGUCAAGCAGUUCUUGCUUGGCGCUUUUCGCUGCUGCUCCUUUGCAACUGUUUGUGUUUGUCAGGCUGCUUGGCGCUCUUCCUCUUCUCUUCUUUGGGUGUUGAUUUUGGGAUGUUCGAGGUCUUGAGCUCGAAAGUCUCUCGACAGCCCAGCCAGCCCAGCCAGCCCGUACCCCUGACUUCAGAUGCCAUGGCCAUAUCUCACACAUAUGUCACAACCCCAUCCCCGCUGAGUGCCAUAUCUCACCCAACAGCAGCAACUUUACCUGAGUUGGGUGAGUUGAGGCCUGCCAGGCCGGCCAUAUCUCACUCAACCCCUGCGCCAAGUGCUCACAUAGCAGCCGGACGGCGGGAUCCAUCCAGCAUUCCCAAUGCGACUCUGAGCACCACGCCCUGGGUGGUCCAUCGAUUUGCGAAAGCCGGAGUUUCGCCCCAUAUGUGCCUCCAGUGCCUUAUGGUUGGAGGCUUAUUCAUGCCAGUCUUGGAACUGCAGGUGGAGUACGCCAGACGCCACGGCUACGAUCUCUACACCUAUACUGAUGAAUCGGAGCAACCGGAUGAAUCACAUGCAAUUCAUUUUUGGAAGAUGAGAUCAACACAAUAUUUGAUAGAGAGUGGCACGACUGGGUGCGACUACAUUUUUUGGAUGGAUUCAGAUGCCAUUAUCAUGAACAUGUCCUUUUCUCUGGAAAAUCUCAUCCAUUGGGACGGAAUGGAAGACACUGACAUUGUGUUGGCGGCAGAUACGCUGGCCGCGAAUCUGGCUCAAAGUCUUUGGAAGUUCAGCCGAUUCACGCACCAGAUUUUGGAAGAUUCAUGGAACAUGGGCAGUUUUGCUCCUCUGGUAGAGACGGGGGCCUUUAAUGCAAUUCUCGGAGGAUGCCAGCCAGAAAGCAGUCCAGAAGAAAAGCGUGCUUGCUACAAGAAGAUGGACCGCUGGAAAAACCGCGCAUUUGCGCAGGAGUAUUUCUAUCCAGGAAAGAAUAGCAAAAUCAAAGAAGUGGUGGUGAACAAGAGCUUGCUGCCCCACGUAAAGUGGGUUCCAAAGCGUGCUAUCAAUUCCUAUCCGUUUGGUUAUUUUGGAGGUCAAUACCGCUGGGGCGAUCCAGACUUUAUAGUGCAUUGUCCCAGCACUAAAGGGAAGGCCAUGUUUUUACCGCACUACAUCGAGCGGGGCCUGUUGAAUGCCGGCCUGCGCCCUGAUCCAGCGGCAGACGCCCGCAGAGAUCCCAGUGCUGUGCCCAACGCCACCAGCAGUACCAGGCCCUGGGUCAUUCACCGAUUUGCCCGGCCAGGGCGGCCAGGGGUGUCGCCCCAUAUCUGUUUGCAGUCACGAUGGGUUGAACGGCAUUCUUUCAAGGACGACAACAAGAUGAAAAUGCAGGAACUAAGAAUUCACUAUGCCAAACUUCAUGGCUAUGACCUCUACAGUUUGGGAUCCGAGCCAACAAGGCCCAGGCUCACCAGAAGGGAGUCGACCCAACUUUUGAUCGAAAAAACUGACUGUGACUACAUCUUCUGGUUGAGCGUCGAUGCAAUCAUUGUGGACAUCAACUUCCAAAUUGAGAGCUUGAUCAAGUGGCAAGGUGCCGACACAGAUCUCGUAGUGGCCGGGAAUUAUGCUGUUGUGAAUUUGGUCACAGCACUCUGGAAAUCCAGCAGCUUUAACCGCCUCCUGUUGCAAGACUUGCUGGAAAUUGUGCCCGGCAGUGAAGGCCGAUCAGCCACUGCAUCCAUGAGCGCCUUGCUGGGUGGAUGUGGGGUCACAAGCAGCGAAGAUGAGAAGGAUAUUUGUCGGGCCAAAGUUACUCAGGUGAAAGGGUCACAUAAACCCGCCGUCUUGCCUGUUAUGGAGGCCAUUCGGAAUGGAGAUGGUGCGGCUUUAGGAGAACGGGUGGUGAACAAAAGCUUAUUGCCUCACAUGAAGUGGGUUCCGAAGCGGCUCAUUGGUGCGCGCCCAGAUGAACUCUUUGGGAAUUUCGAUUCCAAUGAGACAGUAGGAGUUUUCUUGGUAUAUUGUGGUGGAAUCACAGGAGGCAGAUACAUCCACAAUUUCUUGCCAUCAGCACAGAAGAAUGCGGGCCUAAAGCCCUGAGACUUGUCUGGCCGUCGAAUUUGAUCCCACGUCGCUGAUCCAAAGAUGAUCUCGCAGCAUGCCCUGAAUUCAAACGCCCUGUACUUCAGCACCAAACCAGGAGCCUUGCCAGCCUGCCCCGAGUCUCCAUCAAGUAGAAGGUUG